AUAGAUUUUGUUUUUUAUUUUUUUGGGUGAAUUAUGCGAAGACGUUGAUGGAACUUGAAGAGUACCACCGACUCCGACGCAAUUAUUGGGUUUGUUUUGUGGAGGCGGAAUUGGUCUGAAUAAAAUAAAUUGCUGCGAUUACAUUACAGAUAAACCAAAACCACGCCAAACCCACCACCAAUGGAAUCAGAUUCAGCUUCUCAUAACAAACAAGAUUUUGGAAAGUUUGAAUACGGAUGCGAGCACUAUAGGAGACGAUGCAAAAUUCGUGCCCCUUGCUGUGACCAGAUAUUAUCCUGCCGCCACUGCCAUAACGAGGCCACGAGCUCUCUGAGCAAUCCCAAAGAGAGGCAUGAAAUUGACAGGAUAUUAAGCAAGUAUGUUGUAUGUUCAAUUUGCAAUACUGAACAACAGGUUGCUCAGAUUUGUUCUAAUUGUGGUGUCAAAAUGGGAGAAUAUUUUUGUGGCAUUUGCAAGUUCUAUGAUGAUGAUACACAAAAAAUGCAGUUUCAUUGUGAUGAGUGCGGAAUUUGUAGAGUUGGUGGACGAGAGAAGUUCUUUCACUGUCAGAAGUGUUGUAUAGGUUCUUGCUACUCUUUGAACCUGCGUGAUAAUCACUCGUGUGUAGAAAACUCUAUGAAGAAUUUUUGCCCUGUCUGUUAUGAGUAUCUUUUUGACUCAAUCAAAAACACAAGAAUUUUGAAGUGUGGACACACAAUGCAUGAGGAAUGCUUCUGUCAAAUGCGUGACCAAAAUCAAUAUCGUUGCCCAUUUUGCUGCAAGACGAUGCUUGACAUGUCUGCAGUAUGGAGAUUGUUGGAUGAGGAGAUUGAAGUUACCUCCAUGCCUUUGGAAUAUCAGCAUAAGGUUUCGAUCCUAUGCAACGACUGUAACAGAUGUAGCAAUGUUCCCUUUCACAUCUUAGGCCACAAAUGCAGCAAUUGCAAUUCAUACAACACCUGCAGAAUCUCAGCACCAUCCCAUGAAUGAGAGUUUACUGAUGCAGAAGAAGGUUACUUAAUAUUUUUAUCAAGCUACACAGUUCAGACUAGUUUCCUCUCAAGUCUGAAUUUUUGAAUUUAGAGCGUCCCAAAUGAAUUUGAACUAUAUAUCAGAAAGGUUGACUUGUAAUAUUGAACACCUCUGGUAGUAUCUUCUUAUACAGUUUAUCAUUAACCAUAAAGCUAUAUGGGAAAUUUUAAGGGUUUUAUUUUAUUUAA